AUGACUACGCAAGAAGACAAUCUUUUCCUCGAUGCUAAAGCGAAUGCUAAUCCAUCCACCGAGCAAAAGCCAAGUAGUAAACGUCCAAAUGCUACGCUGAUAUGUGUUGUGUGUGGCGACGGUGCAUUGGGUUACAAUUUCGAUGCUAUUUCUUGUGAAUCGUGUAAAGCGUUUUUUCGUCGGAAUGCUUUACGACCGCCGGAUAGACUCAAAUGUCGUGGUACUGGAAAUUGUGAAAUAACCGUUGAAAAUAGAAAACGAUGUAAACGAUGUCGAUUGGAAAAAUGUUUCAAAAUGGGUAUGAGAAAAGAGUGGAUUCUGACCGAUGAAGAAAAGCAGAAGAAGAGAAAUCAGCUAGUAGAAAAACAUCGACUAAAACACUCUCAGGCGCCAACAACUGUCCACCGGCAUCGUCGUCGAAUUCCGGCCAAUUCGCGAACCGAAAACAGUAACUCAGAUGAUGACUCUGCUUCACCUCAACGAACAACGAAUACCAUUGAAGAAACGUCAUUAAUGACAGAAGUUGACUGGUCCAAAAUUCAUCGAAUUCAGACCGCAUAUAUCGAAGCAAUGGAAUAUAACCAAGUUUUCGGUGUACCGCUUUACCCUGCGACACAUUCAAUUCAUACAACGCUCGAACUCAUUCGUGUUCCAACUUACCUCUCGUCAUUGCGUCUCAUCACAUAUUUAAAAAAAACUGAAGAAUUCCAUCUUCUCGAUAUUGACGAUCGUGUAACAUUAGUCAAACACAAUUUAUUAGCAGCAGUUUUCAUGCAUAUUGUGCUAAUCUAUAAUCCAGUUGCCGAUACCUAUCACGAACACAACACGCAAGAUCCUGUCUUCCAAGGCAAGGAUUGGGUUGAAAUCUUAGGCGAAGAUUUCUAUCACGAUAUCACCGCAACCGUCACAAAAAUAAUUCGAAUAGUUGAAUACGACCGUGUGGUCGUGAAAAUCCUUCUACUCAUCCUUGUUUACAUUAAAGGCUUCUGUGCAUACGAUCUUCCUAACGAACCAUCAUUAAAUAACAUGUUCGUUGCCUACAAUGUCCAGAAUAUUUACCUUGAAACGUUGUACAAAUAUUGUUUACAUCACGUUUAUCCAUACAUUUGA